CGCCAUUUUGCUCCAGCUCUCUGCUUCCAUUGUGUGAGAGAUAGUAAAUAUCUGACACUGCCAGACAACCACAACACACUUGUAUCCGUGCGAAGAAAAAGCGUAAAAUUCACCCCCGGUGACAUUUUGUCGUAAUGGCUCGUACCAAGCAGACUGCCCGUAAGUCCACUGGAGGAAAGGCUCCUCGUAAGCAGCUGGCCACCAAGGCCGCUCGUAAGAGUGCUCCCUCUACUGGUGGAGUGAAGAAGCCCCAUCGUUACAGGCCCGGUACCGUGGCUCUGAGAGAGAUCCGUAGGUACCAGAAGUCCACUGAGCUGCUGAUCCGUAAGCUGCCCUUCCAGCGUCUGGUGAGGGAGAUCGCUCAGGACUUCAAGACCGACCUGCGUUUCCAGAGUGCCGCCAUCGGAGCUCUGCAGGAGGCCAGUGAGGCGUACCUGGUGGGUCUCUUUGAGGAUACUAACCUGUGUGCCAUCCAUGCCAAGCGUGUCACCAUCAUGCCCAAAGACAUCCAGCUGGCCCGCCGCAUCCGUGGAGAGCGCGCUUAGACCGCCUCUAUAACUUUUCACCUCUGUCCUGUUUUUCUUUACCUCUCCUCACUCCUUCACUCUACCCUACCCACCCACCUCCACCCGCCCCUCUCACACCCUCUCCCAAGCCUUCCUCGCUUCUCAGUAGACUUUAGAGUAACCCUGAUUAUGAAGAGAUAGAAAUAUGUCGAAGUCUGGUCUCCAUAGGUUUUUUCGUCUUCACCAAAUGUUUUUAGGGUACCUUUUUUCGUGCAUGUAAAAGGUUUGGCAGAUCAGAAACGCGCGUCCACACGUUCUCUAACAUUCAUCGCUGAGUUUGGGUGUUGCCUGGAAAAGCUCGCCCGGAUUCUUCCGCGGUGGGAGGCCAGCUGAUGUGGUCUGCGUGGCAAACAGAGCUGAAGCAGAGGGACGAGUACGAGGGACUAGUCUGCUUAAGGGGAGCUGCAACUUCCACAGCAGGGUGCUAUUAAAACUAGUCCUGAGGCCUCAGCCCGCGUCUUAACACCCUCUUCUCUGCACUUCUUCAAACCCCUCCCUCACCUCUGUAACAUGCUCACGGAGGGGACGGCGGUCUGAUUGUGUGGAUGCGUGAGCGCUGAUCUCUAAAACCACUUGUGCUCAACAAACAAGGAUCUUUUGGUUGCUUAAGAUUAUUGAUUAUUGUUGUGGAUAUGGUGUCUAUUAUUUUUUUACACAUAUAAAUCACAGAUGCUUCUCUUUUCCACUCCCAAAUUCAUCAAAUUAACAGAAAAAAUGAUAAAAGUGAUCAGUUUUUAAUUUACAGUGAUCUGAUUUGCAAUAGAAAAUCAGGAAGGGCUUCUCUGUUUUCAAAGGCAACUUAAAUUCUCUAAAGGCAGCCACAGGGGGGCGAUGUUUCACCAUCUGCUCCUCCUCUCAACUGUUCACUGUAGAUCAGUCGUCACAUUCUGCUUCUGUCUCUUUUUCUCCACAGCUCGCCGUUAGACGUGUCACUACAGUAUGAAUUGAUAUUCUAGUGAAGUUUCACUCUGCAUGUUUUAGGCUCUGUGUGUCUCUUGCACUCUCUGUAGAUCUCAACAUAUAAUCUGUCCCUUUCUCAAAAUUUGUGAUACACAAUAUAACCUCAUAUUUGUUUUCUUUUAUAUUUUUCUUAUUCCUUGAAAUUUUCAGACGUAUAAAUAAGCUGAUCUUUGUAUUUUCCAAAUUUCUCAUAUUAUGGUGGUAAUAAAUAGGUGUUAAGACAA